UAUAUAUAUAUUUGGGGUUAGCGAUAACAUUUAAGCAAUAGUUAGUGGUUAAAUCACAUGGGGUUUAUUGGUAAUGUUAGUCCGUUAAAGUAGAGGUUGAACUGUUGUCGUGUGUUCUUUGUAUUUAUUGAGCUAACCAACACGUUUGCUAAUAAUGCUAGGGUCAGGUGAAUAUCAAAUUAUGAAUUGAAGAAUUUAUUGGCGCGGAAAUCAACCCAAUUUGCAGUACUAUGGAGGACAGCACCACGGAACUCGAAGGACCCGGUUGUUUAAGUGUCGGUCAGCAGUCAGAAGAGGCGACACCAACCGAUAUUAGCCACCAGAACAGUGUCGACAACGAUGGUUCGAAAGACCACAAUGGGACAUCUAAUAAUGUUGACUCGGAUUCAGGGGAUGAGCCUGAACUCCCUCUUAAUCAAUUUUACCCUUACAUCCACUGUACUCUCUGCUGCGGAAUCCUAAUUGAUUCCACCACCAUCACAGAGUGUCUGCACACUUUUUGUAAAAGCUGCAUAGUGAAACACUUCUUCUACAGCAACAGGUGUCCCAAUUGCAGCAUUGUAGUCCAUCAGACACAACCAUUGUACAACAUAAAACCUGACAGACAGUUGCAAGAUAUUGUUUACAAGAUGCUGCCACAUCUGGAAGAAAUGGAGAGAGCAAGGAUGAUUGAUUUUUACAAACAGAGAGGACUGGAGGUGCCUAAACCAGUGAUGGCGUCCCCUGCGGUCCCUGUGCUGAAGAACCAGAAGCAGAGGAGGGCAUUGCUGCCCCAGUCUGUCUUCGCCAUCCCUCCUGAACUGGACGUGUCACUGCAGCUGGAGUUUUUGGGAGCGGAAGAAGGCAUAGACGGCUAUAAGCCUUUGGAGAGGCGGUAUGUGCGAGUAUCGGGGGAUGCCACUGUCCACCAUGUGGCGCUCUUCAUCAGGAGGAAGAUGGAGCUGAGCCCCGCCUGCCAGGUGGAUGUUGUGUGUGGAGACCACCUCCUGGACCGUUACCAGUCGCUACGAGAGGUCCAGCGCUCCAUGGGAGAUGACGCUCUACAGGAUGGUCUUUUGAUUCUCCACUUUGGACUGGUGCUGGCUGCUCACACGUGAGCAGGGGGAAGGAAGUGGGAUGGAUGUGAUCCUGAUAUUAACCCUGACCCUCAGGGAACCACGGCCUUCAUUCUGCUACUAAUGCCUAACAGAAUCAAGUCUUCUACUCUCUGCCACUUAUACUCUCUACCACUUAGACAGUUAACAGUGAAUUGCUGAAUCCAGGGCCCCGACACCUUCUGGUUAGGAUUAGGUUAUAGUUUAUCUCCAAGACUGAUUUCAGAGGUCUGAAAGACUACAAGGACCUGUCAUGCUACUGAUGCCAAAAGCUCAUGUUUUUGCUACACUUUGAGUUGAAUGUACACUGUUCUCUUACAUUUUUUUGUGACCCAACUUUUGUAGCAGUCCCCCUCCCAUCCAUCUCCCAAGUCUCUAUUUAGGACAAAGUAUGAAUACAUAUACAGUGCCUUCGGAGAGUAUUCAGACCCCUUGACGUUUCCACAUUUUGUUACGUCACAGCCUUAUUCUAAAAUGGAUGAAAGAAAUACAAAUCCUCAGCAAUCUACACACAAUACCCCAUAAUGACAAAGUGCAAACAGGUUUUUUUAAUGUAUUUUUUUGCAAAUGUAUAAAAAUAUAUCUUAUUUACAUUGGUAUUCAGACCCUUUGCUAUGAGACUUGAAAUUGAGCUCCGGUGCAUCUUGUUUCCAUUGAUCAUCCUUGAGAUGCUUCUAUAAUUUGAUUGGAGUCCACCUGUGGUAAAUUCAAUUGAUUGGACAUGAUUUGGAAAGGCACACCUGUCUAUAUAAGGUCUCACUGUUGCCAGUGCAUGUCAGAGCAAAAAGCUAGAGGUCCGAUACAGCAUUGUGUCAAGGCACAGCUCUGGGAAGGGUACCAAAACAUUUCUGCAGCAGGUUCCCAAGAACAGUGGCCUCCAUCAUUCUUAAAUAGAAGAAGUUUGGAACCAUCAAGACACUUCCUAGCGUUGGUCACUCGGCCAAACUGAGCAAUCUGGGAGCAGGAUCUUGGUCAGGGAGGUGGCCAAGAGCCCAAUGGUCACUCUGACAGAGCUCCAGAGUUCCUCUGGAGAUGGGAGAACUUUCCAGAAGGACAACCAUCUCUGCAGCACUCCACCAAUCAGGCCUUUGGGGUAGAGUGGUCAGACCAAAGCCACUCUUCAGUAAAAGGCAGACUAGUCAGGAUCGAGGGAAAGAUGAACGGAGCAAAGUACAGAGAGAUCCUUGACGAAAACCUGCUCAGGGACUCAGACUGGAGCGUAGGUUCACCUUCUAACAGGACAACGAUCCUAAGCACACAACCAAGACAACGCAGGAAUGGCUUCUGGACAAGGCUCUGAAUGUCCUUGAGUUUCCCAGCCAGAGCCUGAACUUGAACCCGAUCGAACAUCUCUGGAGAGACCUGAAAAUAGCUGUGCAGCAACGCUCCCCAUCCAACCUGACAGAGCUUGAGAGGAUCGGCAGAGAGGAAUGGGAUAAACUCACUAAAUACAGGUGUGCCAAGCUUGUAGCGUCAUACCCAAGAAGACUCGGGGCUGUUAUCGCUGCCAAAGGUGCUUUAACAAAGUACUGAGUAAAGGGUCUGAAAACAUAUGUAAAUGUGAUAUUUUAAUACAUUUGCAAAAAAAUCUAAAAUCCUGUUUUUCGCUUUGGUAUUGUGUGUAGGUUGACAAGAAAAAAAACAUUUAAUCAAUUUUAGAAUAAGGGGUCUGAAUACUUACCGAAAGCACUGUCUUAUGCAACCGUGAGAUCCUGUCAUUGGUGUCAAGUUCCACUUUAAACUCGGAUCUGAAUGGGGAGAGGUCAGAUGGACCUUGAACAAGGCCUUAAAAUAAUGUUCCAGUAGGCCUAUUAUUAUAUAUAUAUAUAUACAUAUAUAUACAUA